AUGGAGCACGAAUACUUCUCCUCCAACCCUCGACCGAAAAUCCUCCAGAAACACUCCACUCUCGCCCGCGAGUUCAUCUCCCGCCAUGCCUCUGACAACCGUCGCGUCGUCCUCGUGACAUCCGGCGGCACAACCGUACCCCUAGAAAACCAAAUGGUGCGCUUUGUCGACAACUUCAGCGCCGGAACCCGUGGCGCCACUUCCGCAGAGUAUUUCCUCGAUCACGGAUACGCGGUCAUAUUCUUGCACCGCCAAUUCUCGCUGUUGCCGUAUAGCAGACAUUAUUCGCAUAAUGUGAAUUGCUUCUUGGAUUUUAUGGAUGAGGGCGAGGGCGGUAAAGUCGUGGUGGGUGAGGAGUAUCAGAAUGAAAUGGUCGAGGUGUUGCGAAAGUAUACGGAUGCGAGAAAGAAGGGGAAAUUGCUUUCUAUCCCUUUUGUCACGGUUAAUGACUACCUGUGGGAGUUGAGGGAGAUUGCUAUUCUAAUGCAGCCGCUGGGUGGUAACGCAUUGUUCUAUCUCGCAGCUGCCGUGAGCGACUUCUUCAUCCCCAGCGACAGAAUGGUGGAACACAAAAUCCAGUCCUCGGAAGACUUCAACAAGGAAAACCAGGACGGUGCCGAUGGGACAAAAACACCUGCAGCACGUAUCGAAGGUCAACGUCUAGUAAUCGGUCUAGAGCCGGUACCUAAGUUCCUCAAGACAUUGGUCGAUGGCUGGGCCCCCGACGGCAUGAUUGUCAGUUUCAAGCUCGAGACCGAUCCAGCCAUCUUGGUCAAGAAGGCCGAGUACGCACUAAACAAAUACUCACAUCAUCUCGUCAUUGGAAACUUGUUGUCGACGCGCAAGUGGGAAGUCGUGUUUGUGUCUGCAUCGGCAGGCCAACAGUGGAUCCGCGUACCACGAAGCAAACGCACACCCAGCAUCUCUGGCAAAGUCGAGCAUGUGGGACUGGCCUCUGGCGGCGAUGCCGAGCAAGAUGCAGAAGCCGUUACGGGACAACCUGCCGUCGAGAUUGAAUCGUUGAUUAUCCCCGAGGUCGCAAAGAUGCACGCCGCACACAUGUCUAGAAGAAAGUCGAAAUAG